AUAGUUUGUAUAAUUGUGUUAGUAAAGCUUGUAGUAGUUGAGUGUAUAGACCGUGCCUAAAUUUAUUUUAUAAUGUGAUUUUUUGUGCUCAUAAUCAAAAUGGUUGAUAGCGAAUAUUGCUUUGCGCGCCCCUCAGAGAUGAUAUUUCACGAUAUGAUCAGGCAAGGAAGCAUUGAUGACAUUAAUGCCCACCAAUAUCUAAAAAUCUCAAAUUAUGAGGAUACAGUGAGGCAAUUAGAUAUAUAUUAUGCUAUAGUUAAGCGGCAACUGUUAAGAUUCCAAAGUCCUAUAACAGGAUUGUUCCCCGUGCUGUCAUCAGAUUUACACAUUGGCAGUGUUAGAGACAGUAUCUAUUGUGCUUCUGCUGUGUGGGGCUUAUAUCAGGCAUACAGACGCAUUGAUGAUGACAGGGGAAAAUCUUAUGAACUUGGUCAAAGUACAGUUAAAUGCAUGCGAGGAAUAUUGGAAUGUUGGAUCAAGCAGUCUCCAAGAGUUGAAGCAUUUAAGACCAGACAGAGCGCAGCUCAUGCCUUACAUGUCAAGUUCCAUCUUACUACAGGCGAGCCAGUUCUUGCUGAUGAUCAGUAUCAUCAUCUACAAAUAGAUGUUAUUUCCCUUUACCUGCUGUUCCUUGUUCAAAUGAUAACUUCUGGUCUACAAAUUAUCUAUACACAAGAUGAAGUAGCCUUUGUUCAGAACUUGGUAUAUUAUGUUGAGAGAGCCUAUCGCACCCCAGAUUAUGGCAUGUGGGAGAGAGGAACAAAAUACAAUGAUGGAAAGCCAGAGAUCCAUGCUUCAUCUAUUGGCAUGGCCAAAGCUGCUCUAGAAGCGAUUAAUGGUUGUAAUCUAUUUGGGGACAAGGGCGCGUCUUGGAGCGUCAUUUAUGUAGACAUUGAUGCUCAUAAUCGUAACAGGAGCAUAUUCGAGACCAUGCUGCCACGAGAAUCCAGUUCUAAGGGUGUUGAUGCUGCACUGCUGCCCACAAUUUCGUUUCCAGCGUUCGCAACCCACGAGGAGAUUUUAGUUCAGUUAACGAAAAAUAAUAUUCUCAAUCGUCUCCAAGGCAGAUAUGGCUUCAAGAGAUUCAGCAGAGACGGCUACAAGUGUGUGAUCGAAGACCCCAACAGGCGAUACUACCACGAGGGCGAACUGAAGGAGUUCGAUGGAUUAGAGUCCGAGUGGCCCCUGUUCUAUGUGAUGAUGAUCAUCGACGGUGUGUUCAGGACCCUGCCUGAUCAAGUUGAGGAAUAUCAGAAGCUUCUUAAAUCGAGAAUUUAUAUGGAUGAAAAUGGAGAUCCUGUUAUACCCUGGUAUUAUUACGUGCCUCGCGACGGAAUAGAGAAUGAACGCAAUGAACCAUAUUCAGUUCGCAGAAUCCCAGCCAACAAACGCGAUGAGAACGACGGCAAAGAUACGGGUGGUCUGUUCCUGUGGGCGCAGUCUCUUUUCGUGCUGGCGCAGCUGCUGACGGGCGGUCUGCUGCACGUCAACGAGCUGGACCCGAUCCGGCGAUAUCUGCCCUCCUACAACAGACCGCGACGCGCCGGACGGUACUCGGCAUUCCAGGGUAUAGCGACGGACCUGGUGGUGCAAGUAGUGCUGAUCGCGGAGUCGAUGCGGCUGCAGGCGAUGAUGGGCACGUACGGCAUACAAACGCAGACGCCGCACGAGGUCGAACCCGUGCAGAUAUGUAGCUCCACUCAGCUGGUGCAUGUGUACCGGGAGCUCGGCCUGUGUCCCAAGUUGAAGCUGACUGGGCGCCCCAUCAGACCUGUCGGUUCUCUCGGUACUAGUAAGAUAUAUAGAGUAUGCGGUAUGACGGUGCUAUGCUACCCGCUCAUAUUCGAGGUCUCCGAGUUCUACCUGUACCGAGACAUGGCCCUGCUCAUAGACGACAUCAAAACCGAGCUGCAAUUUGUCGGAAAGUACUGGCGGCUGUCGGGGCGGCCGACGGUGUGUCUGCUGGUGCGGGAGGAGCACAUGCGCGACCCGCACUUCAAGCAGAUGCUCGACCUCUACGCCAUGCUCAAGAAGGGCUACUGUGACGGCGUCAAGGUGCGCCUGGGAAGGCUGCAGAAUCUCAUAUCGAGCUCCUGUAUCGAGCACCUGGACUUCAUGAGCCAGGGCGACUUCCCGUCGGAGAACUUCGCGCAGUUCAAGCAGCUGGAGCACGAGUACAUCGGGUACCAGUCGCUGACGGACGUGCCGCGGGCGCUGGCGGCGCGCGACGAGCCCGCCCCCGACUACCGCGUGCGGGACACGCCCGCCGUGCUCGCCGCGCUGCGUGCCCACCCGCCCGUCCUCGACCAGUGCCAGCUCUGGGGCAUACUGCUCGAGCGCGAGGGCCCGCUAUAUGAGGUGAACGGCACAUCGGUGCAGUCGGCGCUAAAGUCGCUGUACGCUGCGGCGGGCGCGGCGCGGCACUGGCGCGCGGUGCGCUACUGCUCCUCGCUGCUCAACCACACCGUCGACUCCAUCAGCCCCUUCAUCACCACAGUGCUCGUCAGCGGGAAACAGAUCACCGUCGGCGUGAUCGGACAGAAGGAGACGGUGUUCGACAAACCGAUGACGCCCGGGGAAAUACAGUCCGUCAUGUAUUCGACGAUACAACCUUACGACAUCAUAGGAGCAGUCUUGCAGCAGGAGAUCGUGCUGUACUGCGGGCGGCUGAUCGGCACCAACCCGGAGCUGUUCCGCGGCAUCCUGAAGAUCCGCGUGGGCUGGGUGCUUGAGGCGAUGCGCGCGUGUCUGGCGCUGGGCGGCGCCGACCCCGCGCAGCUCGAGGGCCUGUCGCCCUACCGCCUGCGCGAGCUGCUCCAGCGCGUGCUCUCCGUCUCCGACUGGGCCGACGACGAGGGAUUGACGCCGCUACAACGGCGACGCCUGGAAGGAUGUCUCUGCAGGGUUCCUAAGAAUUUCUACGUCCAGGUGUGGGAUAUACUCGUAAGGACACCGAAAGGAAUUAUCGUCGAGGGUCACUGCAUCGAGGCGCAGCCGACGUUGAUGAACAUGUCGCGGUCGGAGCUGUCGUUCGCGCUCGUGGUGGAGGCGGCGCUGGUGCGCGUUGCGAGCGCGGAGCGGCGGCAGCUAGUGGUGGAGCUGCUGUGCGUGCUGCACGCUAUCCUGCGCCGCAACCCCGAGCUGCUGCUACACCACCCGCUCCACCUCGACCGCCUGCUCGACCUCGCGCACGCCACUUACGCCAAGGAUAGCGGAAUCACUGACACCGAUUCUCCACUAGGCGCGGCUGCGCCGCCCGUGUCCAUCGGGUACCUAGCGCGAGCGGUAGUCAACAGCGUGCUACAAGCUACCACAACGCCGCAGCUGGCGCCGUCUGCUCACGAAUCCUGUCUUGUAACAUAGAUGGCCGCCGUCUACACGGCUUAAUGUGCCUUAGUUGUUUUAGAUAAAAUCUUGUUUACAGAAAACAUAAUAGACUUAGAAUUUAUUGUGAUAUAAUCCAUUUAGAUUUUAGAAGAUAAUGUAAAGAUGUUAUAUUACCUAUAUAUCUAUUUUUUAAUAUUAGUUUUACUGUGAAAUGGAGUUAUAUU